AUGGCGCUUCACGCCCCGGUCCUCGUGCUGAAGGACUCGCUGAAGCGGGAGACUGGCGCGAAGGUUCACCAAGCCAACAUCCAUACUGCCAAGGCUGUUGCUGACAUCAUACGCACCACAUUAGGUCCCAGAUCCAUGCUGAAAAUGCUUCUGGAUGCUGGUGGAGGUAUUGUGGUUACUAAUGAUGGUAAUGCUAUUUUGAGGGAAAUAGACAUCGCACACCCUGCUGCCAAGUCUAUGAUUGAACUAAGUCGUACACAGGAUGAAGAAGUUGGUGAUGGCACUACAUCUGUCAUUGUUCUAGCUGGAGAGAUGCUACACGUUGCACAGGCAUUCAUUGACAAGAACUACCAUCCAACUGUUAUUUUCCGAGCAUACACCAAAGCGCUUGAUGAUGCUAUUGCUGUACUUGACAAAAUUGCAAUGCCUGUCGAUGUGAAUGAUCGUGGGGCAAUGCUAGGCCUUGUGAAGAGCUCCAUUGGUACAAAAUUCACUGGCCAGUUUGGUGACCUUAUUGCUGACCUUGCUAUCGAUGCUACGACAACUGCAGGCGUUGACCUUGGUCAGGGUAUGCGUGAAGUUGAUAUCAAGAAAUACAUUAAAGUUGAAAAGCUUCCUGGUGGUCAGUUGGAGGAUUCUAGAGUCCUUAAAGGAGUUAUGAUCAAUAAGGAUGUUGUGGCUCCUGGAAAAAUGAGGAGAAAGAUAGUUAACCCCCGUAUCAUCCUGUUGGACUGCCCUGUUGAGUAUAAGAAAGGAGAAAAUCAGACCAACGCUGAGUUGAUGAAGGAAGAAGAUUGGCAGGUUCUGCUAGAGAUGGAGGAAGAAUACAUAAAGAGCCUGUGCGCUCAAAUUCUAAAAUUCAAGCCUGAUUUAGUAAUCACAGAGAAAGGGCUCAGUGAUCUCGCUAUCCAUUAUUUGAGCAAGACUGGUGUUAGUGCAAUCCGUAGACUUAGGAAAACUGACAACAACAGGAUUGCUAAAGCUUGUGGAGCAGUCAUAGUGAACAGGCCUGAGGAGCUCCAAGAAUCUGAUGUGGGAACAGGAGCUGGCCUGUUUGAGGUCAAGAAGAUAGGCGAUGAAUUCUUUGCCUUUAUUGUUGACUGUAAAGAUCCCAAGGCAUGUACUGUUCUGUUGAGGGGAGCAAGUAAGGAUGUAUUGAAUGAAGUUGAGAGAAACCUGCAGGAUGCCAUGUCCGUUGCAAGAAACAUUUUGAAAAAUCCAAAACUCCUUCCUGGAGGUGGUGCUACAGAGCUGACUGUGUCAGCAACACUGAAGCAAAAGAGUUCUUCAGUUGAAGGCGUGGAAAAGUGGCCCUAUGAAGCUGCUGCUCUAGCAUUUGAGGCAAUUCCAAGGACUUUGGCCCAAAAUUGCGGUUUGAAUGUUAUUAGGAUAAUGACACAACUUCAGGGAAAGCAUGCUAAUGGUGAAAAUGCGUGGGUUGGCAUUGAUGGAAGGAGUGGUGAUAUUGUUGACAUGAAAGAGCGAAAGAUCUGGGAUUCAUACAGCGUUAAAGCGCAGACGUUCAAGACAGCAAUCGAGGCUGCUUGCAUGCUUUUGAGAAUCGAUGACAUUGUCAGCGGUAUCAAGAAGAAGCAGGCUCCUGGAGCCUCAGCUCCAAAACAACCCCAAAUUGAAACUGAGGGCGAUGCUGACAAUGAGCAGAUGAUCCCAGAGUAG